GGGCCCUCGGCCGCCGCCAGCUCCGCCAUGCCCGGCCCCGCUCAGCGCCGCCCCGCCGCCAUCACCGCCCGCCGCUUCCGGUUUCCGCUGGCGGAACCGGAAGCGGAACCGGAGGGAGGGGAGGGGGCGGGACUUCCGGCGCGGUGCUCGGCAGGGGACGGCGGGCGCGGCUCAAGGCGCAGCAUGGCGGGCCGCAGAGCUGCUCUCAAGGCCAUCGACUGGGCCGCCUUCGCCGAGCGGGUGCCGGCCAACCAGCGGGCCAUGUUCAACGCCCUGAAGACCCGCAGCGACGCGCUGUCAGCACGGCUGGCCAGCCUGCCGGAGAAGCCCCCCACCAUCGACUGGGCUCACUACAAGGCUGCCAUUGCGAAAGCUGGCAUGGUGGACGAGUUCCAGAAGAAGUUCAGUGCACUGAAGGUUCCUGAGCCAGUGGACACGCAAACUGCUAAAAUUGAUGCCCAGGAGCAGGAAGCUGCAAAGAACACCGCCGAGUAUGUGCAAGCUUCCAAAGCUCGGAUUGCCCAGUAUGAACAGCACCUUCAGAAGCUCAAAAGCAUGAUUCCCUUUGAACAAAUGACAAAUGAAGACAUGGCUGAAGCCUUCCCUGAAACCAAACUGGAUAUGGAGAAGAACCCGUUCUGGCCUCACAGACCGAUUGCUGAUCUGUAAGCUGGUCUGGAAGCGGUUUGUCAAACGACUGUCAGAUUCUGUGAUCUAAAUAAAGUAUUCCCCCUCCUG